AUGGCUCCAAUCCCGGCGCCUAUAUCGUUCGAUUCCAUCGCAGCGCUCACAUCCUCCGCGGUUGCCAACAUCGCGAAACGGAUUCCCUCCAUCCCAUCCUCAAAUCCAAACCCAAAUCCAGAUCCAAAUCCUAUACCUACGCGCACCACUACACCACUUUUGACGCGCAUCCUUUCGGAAAGAGGGACCACAGACUCAAUAAUACCCACAACCUACGGCAGCAUUAACAGUGGCCCGGGUAGUGGAACGAUCGCGGGUAUCGUCCUCGGAUCAGUCUUUGGAUUUCUUUUACUUCUAUGGCUGUUCUACCAAUGCGCGAACGUUGGCGUAGCUAGCUCCGCCGAGUCUGCCUAUACGACAGAGACCGUUGCAGUGCGGGAGCGGAGGAAGAGCCAUCAUGGCGGUAGCCAUAGAAGUCGGAGGGCCAGCGAGACAGUAGAAAUCCGCAGCAAUCGCUCGCCCAUCCGCAUCGUCCGCGAACCCUCGACCCACCGCACCGAGACGAUUAUUGUGGACGAUCAUCGGCGGGUACCCUCAAGGAGUCGAGUCAGUGAUGAAGUGGUUGUGAUUGAGGAGCAUAGCCCGCCGCGGCGGAAGAAGAGCUCUAAAAGAUCACGUGAUGAAAGGGAGAGCGGGUUCAGGACGGUUGACUCGGGGGCCUACGGAGGCGUUGUGGGCGGCAGCAGUAGGCGAGGCAGCAGUCGGCAUGGAUAG